UUUUUGGAACAAGCUGAACAGCAAGAGCAACUGGCUAAGAAGUGGGGGUUCAAAAUGUCUGACAUAAGAGAACUGAGUAACUAUGAAUUCUUCAUGCCAGGAAUGGUUGAUACACACAUUCAUGCCCCUCAGUAUUCAUUUGCUGGUACAAGAGUAGAUCUACCUCUUUUGCAGUGGUUGACUACCUACACAUUCCCAACAGAAUCCAAAUACAAAGACAGUGAUUUUGCAGAAGAAGUGUACACCAGAGUUGUUAGGCGAACUCUAAAGAAUGGCACGACUACGGCUUGCUACUUUGCAACAAUUUACACAGAUACCUCUCUUCUUCUUGCUGAAAUUAUAGAUAAAUUUGGUCAACGAGCAUUUGUUGGAAAAGUCUGCAUGGAUCUGAAUGACAGUGUGCCACAAUACAAAGAGAUUACUGCUGACUCUGUCCAAGAGACAGACAGGUUUGUUAAAGAACUACUGGAAAGGAAAUAUCCAAGGGUACAGCCUAUAAUAACUCCCCGCUUUGGCCCUUCCUGCACAGAGGAUUUGCUGCGUGCCCUUGGCGAUUUAGCACAGGCUCGUGAUCUCCAUGUGCAGAGUCACAUAAGUGAGAAUGAAGAAGAACUCAAACUUGUGGAGAACAUGUUUCCUGCCUACCAGAAUUACACUGAAUUGUAUGAUAAAAACAAGCUGCUUACCAGUAAGACAGUGAUGGCUCAUGCCUGUCAUCUUUCUGACGAAGAGCUGAAACUUUUUAGUCUUCGUGGAGCUGCAAUUUCACAUUGCCCCAGUUCUAAUUUUUCGUAA